AUGUCAUUACCUUGGCCAACUAUCGAUACCCCCUUUGGUAUCAGUUUAUGGGAUAACUUCGAUCAUUUAGUCACAUUAGCCACCAACGGCAAAUUCAUUCCUUCUCAAUUUGAAUUCGUAGCUGGUGAAUUACCAUUAUCAACUUUCCCUCCUGUUGCUUUAGCCAUCACCACCUAUUAUAUCAUUAUCUUUGGUGGUAACUUCAUCUUUAAAACUUUUAAAUUAAAACCUCUCGUGUUAAAUGGUUUAUUCCAAAUCCAUAAUUUAGUGUUAACUAUCUUAUCAUUAACUUUAUUUCUCCUCAUGUUAGAACAAUUAAUCCCAAUUAUCAUUCAUCAUGGUUUAUUCUAUGCUAUUUGUAAUCAAAAUGCUUGGAAUCAACCUUUAGUUACCUUAUACUAUUUAAAUUAUUUUGCUAAAUUUUAUGAAUUCGUUGAUACCGUUUUUCUUGUGGUUAAACAAAAAAAAUUAACGUUUUUACAUACUUAUCAUCAUGGUGCCACUGCUUUAUUAUGUUAUACUCAAUUAAUUGGUGAAACUCCAAUCAGUUGGGUUCCAAUCUUAUUAAACUUGGGGGUUCAUGUCGUUAUGUAUUGGUAUUAUUUCUUAGCUGCCAGAGGUAUUAGAGUUUGGUGGAAAGAAUGGGUUACUCGUUUCCAAAUUAUUCAAUUCGUGUUGGAUUUAGGAUUUGUUUAUUUCGCAACUUAUCAAAAAAUUAUUUAUACUUAUUUACCUUCUUAUGUUGAUACUUUACCUUUAAUCUGUGGUGAUUGUAAUGGUACUAUGUUGGCUGCUUAUAGUGGUUGUGGUAUUUUAUCAUCAUAUUUAGUCUUAUUCAUUGCCUUUUAUAUUGAUGUUUAUAAGAGAAAAUCUUCUAAAAAAUCAAAGAUUGUUAAAUCAGUUAAAGGUGGUGUUGCUGCUCAAGUUAAUGAAUAUGUUUAUGUUAGUGGUAGAACUUUAAGUCCAACUCCUCAACCAACUACUGAAUUAGGUGGUUUAAGAUCUAGAAAAGCUUAG